AUGGUAUCCCCUCGACUCGAUCAAUAUGUCGGGCAAUUCACCAACAACCCUAUCCCCAUCGACCCAGCCAGUCCACUCCGCGAUUUUCUUACUCUUCAUCCCGAAUUACGAUUCCUCCGUCUCCAAUGGCAAGAUUAUUCCGGUCUCUUGCGCGCACGCCUCGUUGUGCCGCAGCAUCUCCUAACCCUAACAGCCACCCAAAAGCCCGUACACAUCCCGCCCAUUUCCUUUCACUGCAUCGUCGACAAUAAUCUCCUCCCCGAUCUCGAUCCCACCGGCAAUCACUUUCUCAUCCCAGACUGGACUUCCCUGCGCUUCCUUCCAUCUUCUCCACAUCCCACCGCAACCGUCAUGUGUGGGGUGCUUGCUGCUACUCCGUCGCGCCCCUUGGAUCUUGGCCUCUGCCCCCGCCGAGCCCUAACUACCAUCGUCCGCCAUGCCGCGCAGUCCUUCAGCCUGUACUUUCGGGUCGGCUUCGAAGUCGAAUUCGAAGUCUUCCGCCGAGAAACACCCUCGUCAACCCCUCCACAUAGCAAUUCCUCCCUCACUUCCCUCACUCCGGCAAGUACAUCCCUCGGCCGCUUUGCCGUCGACGGGCUGCGCGCCGACAUAUACCCCAUAAUCGAAGAAACUGUCCACCAUCUCCUCGACGCUGGUGUCGGCAUCCAGACCAUGCAAACUGAAGGCCGGCGCGGGCAAUACGAGCUCUCCCUGACCCCCCCGUGCCCCCCUCGAGGCCGUCGACGAACUCGUCUUCGUUCACGAUACUUUGAAACGGGAACUGGCCCGACAUGGUCUGAUCGCGACAAUGGCGCCACGUCCCGUGGCGAGUCGGCGGCAGGCGACAGGACAGCAUACGCAUAUUUCGAUAUCCCGAACAGAGGCCGCGCCGGAGUUUCUAGCGGGGAUCCUGGGUAG